AUGGUCUGCAUUCAGAAACUUGCAUUGGCUGCAUUUGCUGCCUCCUCCUCCGCUUUCCUUAUUCCCUCAUUGGAAGAAAUCGUCGACGCAUUUGGCCACAAAGAGCAAAUCCAAGAAGCUCAAAUCAUCGAUACCUUUGAAGGCUUGCCUAACCCAAAUGAGAAGCCAAUUCCUGGCAAUGCUCCAAUUGUGCAGUGUGAAGCUCUCAACCCUCAAAUUUUGGACUUGCAGGAGGUCAUCAUCGACCCAAGCCCUCCAGUGAAGGGCCAAAAUUUGACCUUCAGCGCUACUGGCUAUUUGAGCAAAGACGUUGAAGAUGGUGCAUAUGUUGAGGUCGACGUUCGUUUUGGAUUCAUUCGUUUGAUUCACCAAACCUACGACUUGUGUGAGCAGGUCGAAAAUGUCGACUUGGAAUGUCCGAUCAAAAAGGGCAAGCAAGUCAUUACCAAGCAGGUGGAAAUUCCUGCAGAGGUUCCUCCUGGAAAGUAUGUUGUCAAUGCUCGUGCUUUCGACAAAGAUGACAAGUUGAUCACCUGCUUGACUGCUACAGUAGAGUUUCCUGCCACUGGUGCUGGACUCUUGUAA